CAUGCGCGAAGCUCUUCCUCCCAUGUGGAGAACGAACGAGGCCGGAAGCAGCGUAUUCGGCGCGCGCGCGCGUCGCAGCUCCCGCCGUUGUUGCCAGGGCAGCUGUGCGUAAUUACGCGCGGAGAGAAGGCGCGCAGAUGGACGAGCUCCCGGCUUCGCGGGACUACGGGGACUCCGGCCUCGCGGGCUGCCGAGUGACGCAGCGGCUGCAGCUGCUGAGCGUGGCUGGCGGUGCCGAGGGAAGCUCGGCCGGGACCUGCCCGCCGGCCCUUGCCGUGAAGGAGGGCGAGAAGGGAGCCACGGAAGCUUCCGAGGCUCCGACGCGGCUUCCCGAGGAGGCCGGCCCUCAUGGAGGCGGCGUGGAAGGAGGAGCCCCGCAGCCCGGCCCUUGUCACGGCCUGCUGCAGCCGUCCGGCGCGGCGGAAGGGGAGCUGCCUCCGCUGGGAAAUGGUUCGUCGUCGUCGUCCUCCUCCGUCGGCGACCCGCGGCUCAGUUUCAACACCGGAGAGGGAGGCGAGCCGGGCGGGGGACCUCGCCGCGACCCCGAUGCACAUGCUGCACCGGCAGACGAGACGCCCCUCCCCGGCGAGGGAAGGGAGGAGGAGAAACCGCCGCCGCCGCCGCCCCCCGAUUUGAGAAGCCCCCGCUCUUCCCUUCCGGAUUUUAAAGGCGACCCCCAAGAUGUCGCGGAGGAAUCGAGGCCGGCGCCGCUAGGGAUCGGGCAGGACUCGCCGGCGAUGGAAGGCUCCUCGGAUUCCGACAGUGAUACAGACAGUUCAUCUACAGACAGUUCAUCUUCUGUCUCCUCUUCUUCCUGUCUUCCAAUGCUGUCUGAAGAUGAUGACCAGCAAUCUAAGACUGAAAAUAACUCCUGCCCUAAUAGAAAGAAGGGUGAAUCAUGUGAACAGGAGCCACUUCCUGUUGAAGAUUUUACCAUAAUUCUGCCUGAAUCGGUUGAACUUAUGCCUUUUGGAAAAGUUUCCAGCAUCAUUGAGCACCUAGUUAUAAUAGAGUCACAGAAAGGGCUACCUCCAGUCAAUGAAGAUACGGUGCUUUUUAAAGAAGAUCGGCAUUCAAUGGGAAAGGUCUUUGAGGUAUUUGGUCCUGUGUCACAUCCCUUUUAUGUGCUACAGUUUAACAGUCCUGAGCAUAUAGAAUCGAAAGGUAUUAAAAUGCACGAGGCUGUAUAUUUUGCUCCGUCAGUUGAAAGCUUCACCCAGUAUAUAUUUCCAGAAAAAAUAAAACAAGAGAGAGGAUCUGACGCAUCAUGGAAAAACGAUGAAGAACCACCACCCGAGGCUUUAGAUUAUAGUGAUGAUGAGAAAGAGAGAGCAGCUAAACAGCAGAAGAAAUCUCAGAAUUUAAGAAGAAAGAAGUGCCGACCACAACCAGAGGAUUCCAAUGGGAACGGAGUUCAUUAUCAGCCCAGAAGACAAUAUCCUUCAGAUUAUUCACAUGGAUACUUUGGGAGAGAACCCAAUCCUACCUUUGCAAGGAGUAGAUUUCCUCAUUCGUCUGCUUCCCCACGUUCCUUCAGGCAGUAUGGAACGUCUCCACAGCAUUACUCUAACUUUACAGAAUUGCCAAAGCCUUCAGCUUUUUGCCAGCAGCAGAGGCAGGAGAGCCUGAGGAGACAUCAGUAUUCUUUUCCUCCCCCGACAUUUGAAACUGUUAAUAGCGAGGCAAAUUUUCCACCUCCUCCCCCAUCUGUAACAUGGGGGUGGCCUGAGUGUAGUCAGAAUGCAUACGACCCAUUGUUCUCACUGCUGUCCCUGCCACCGCCACCGCCACCUCCAAUACCACCUCCACCUGCUGCUCCCCACAAUGCUCAUCUUCCUUAGAGUAAAGUGGUCCAUCUGUCAUUCAGGGACCUGGAGAAUCUAUAAUUGUGCACCUGAUGCUUUGUAUAUUCUUACGUGCCCUGUGAAGAGAGUGAUUUUCAAAUUAUGUACAAAAGUAUAAACUUUUGAGUUUUUUGUAUGGAAUCAAAAGUAUAAACCAUGUGUAUUUUUUUUGUUUCUAGAACUGACAAAAGAAUAGGGGAAUAGUGGUUUAAAUUUUAUAGAGCAUACCUAUACCUAAUGGAAAUACUAAAACGUGACUAUAUUUUUAUCUUGAGUUUGUACAAUCCAAGUUCCUGGAAUCUUUUUUAUAAAGCUGUACAUUAUUUCUAUAGUAGCUUUCCUAAACUAAUGUAUGUAUUUGUCAAUGCAAUAAAAGAAGAUUGUGUUUGCGGGGUAUAUAUAUGGUUUAAAAAGUUUAUCUAAGAAAUACGUUUAAAUUAUGAAUUAUAUGCUGAAUGUAUGGCAAAACGUAAUAUCCCAUGCCAACAAAUGCUAAUUCCUAAAAUAAAAAUAAUGUGUUGUCCAACCAA